AUGAAGCGUGAGUUCUCUGAACUGGAGGAUGAUGCUCCCAUCAAACGUAGCAGACAACUGGAAGGGAUUGUUUCUCAUCUUCCAUCUAAAGCAGAUGUUCUAGACCAUAUUAAAUUUCAUAUUGAUAUACCAUCAAAGGGUCCAACUUUCCUAGAUUUACCUUGGGAUAUUCAACAAAUGAUUUUAGACUACUUGAGUGUUUCUGAUCGAAUGUCCCUUUCCUCAGUCAAUAAAAGUUAUCGAUUUGCCUUGCAAUCUAUUUUGUUUAAAAGAAUUAAAACAGAUUGGAAAAGAUUGGUUACUCCCGAAGCCAGAAAAUUCCUUGACACAUAUAAGUACUUCAUUUUAGAAUUACGGAUAACAGAAGCAGAUUUGUAUGGUGAAUGGCAAGUUGAUAUCAAUGAUUAUAUUUAUGAUUUGACAUCCUUAAGAUAUUUGGUGUUCCAUUCCAAGGGAAGUUCAUCUUGGCUAAAAUAUAGAGCAAAUCAUUAUAUCAACAAGCUAUCUUUGGUCCAAGAUGAUAGGAAAUCAGAAUUGUUGAAACCCAACUUUUCCCUUCUGCAUGUGGUGGGGUUUGCUAAUUUGGCAACUCUUCAUUUAACUAACUAUAGUUGUGGUUGGUAUGAAGGUAUAGACACCAUUUCAUUAAGAGAAAUAUACUUGACUGAUUGUGUUUGGGAAUACCCCUUUCAUCUUUGUCAAUUCAACCCCAAGAAUGAACUUCGAAAGUUGCAUUUAACUUAUACUGGUUAUAAUUCAUUUGUUAGUGGAGAAAGAUGGAACAAACUUUGGGAAUCCAAUUUAGAUGGCCUUGCAUCUUUAGAAGUAUUAGAAGUCUAUUUAGAGGGUGUCAGAAGAGAAAAAGACCUUACAUUCAGCAUAUUAACUACAUGUCUUAAGCUGCCUAAUAUGCUUUUUCUAAAGUUAAGAGGAUGGACCAUAAGUUUAAACAACUUAUACUAUUAUUUGAGACGGUUCCAAAAGGGUGAUACCCGUUUAAUAACAAUGGAGUUGGCAAUUAGAUGCCAAGAUGAUGAUUACUACAAGGAAAAAAUUAGAGAUUAUUGUCAGCACCAACUUGGGUUUGGAAUAGAACUUUCUACGUUACCUCCUUUGGAACACCCAGCAUGGCCAUAG